AUGCCCGAGAGCUCAGCAAGAGUCUACGCAACAAGCGCCCUCAAAAGAGGCAAAGCAUACUACGACUACAACGACUACAUAAUAUCGUACGGAGAGAUAGAUAACUACGAAAUAAGCGAGUUUCUAGGGAGGGGAAAAUACUCCCAAGUCUUCAAAGGCCUUGCAAAGCCCACGCGCACUUCCUGCGUAAUAAAAGUGCUGCGCCCCAUACGGGAGAAGAAGAUCAACAGAGAAGUGAAGAUCCUCAAGUCCCUCCUCGGAGUGAAAAACGUAAUACAGCUGCUAGACGUAGUUAAGGACUCAGAGGCAAACUACAGAGCCCUCAUUUUCCCGUAUAACGACCACACGGAGACUCGCUCCCUUUUCAAGCUCUUUUCCUACGAGGACAUAGUCUUCUACAUGAGAAAACUUUUGGAGACUUUGGACGAAAUUCACUCCCUCGGGAUAUUCCAUCGGGACUUGAAGCCGCACAAUAUCAUCAUAAACCACGGGCGAAGGGAAAUGAGCGUGAUAGACUGGGGACUUGCAGAGUACUACCUUCCCUCCGUGGAGUACGCGACUAGAGUUGCAAGCCUGCACUUUAAGGCCCCAGAACUCCUCCUGGGGAACAGGUACUACGACUACUCGCUGGAUAUUUGGUCUGCAGGAUGCAUACUCGGGGAAAUGCUCUUCACGCAGAUGCCCUUCUUCAACGGGAGCACGAACGAGGACCAACUCGAGCGGAUAGUCCACUUUUCAGGGGCACAAAACCUGAAAAAUUACCUGAAAAAGUACUCGCUCACGUACUCGAAGAAGCACUUGGACAAAAUAUACGCAGGAUUCCCACAGGAAGAGACCUGGCACUCACUGCACACGAUGGACGGACGCCUUCCUGUGGGAUCCCCCGAGAGAAGGCGGCUCAUCGACCUCCUGCAGAGAAUGCUCACGUUUGACCAUCAGAAAAGACCCAGCGCCCAGGAGUGUCUCUCCCACAGAGUCUUCGCAGAGAAGCCAGAGUGA